AUUUGUCAAAUACUCAAUUUAUUGAUUUUUCUUUAAAAUUCUAGAAUUUAACGCGUGAGGUCUGAUUCAUAGUGUCUCUUUAAACACAAAGUUAUUAUCAAAACAUCAUCGAGGGAAACCAGUUGUGACACAGUGUACUUGAGAAACUGUUGUUUGCUUGUAUUCAGUAAAUACUUAUUUCGUUAGUUCAAAAUGGAAUCAAGCGAUCGUGCGGACCAUGUUGCGGGUGCUCUGACAUACCCUAACCCAAACGAGCAAGGCUUGUCGAUGCAGCCUCGACGACCAACUAAUUUGCAGACUCUCCUUCGUUUCGCUAUUGACGCCACAAACAAGACCGAAGAUGAUGGGCCGACUAGCUCGGCGGUCAGCGCUUUGGAUGAAGAGAGGCGUAGAUUCUUGGAAGAAGCUUUGAAGAGCCUCACAGUGGACGUGCCAAAGGUGUUGCAGAGAGGAAUUAAAAUACUCACCAAUGUUGAAUUUAUAAAGAGCGUGCAACUCGGCCAGCCGGUACCCGACGACAUCAGGGCAGCUUUCAACAAUAUGAUGGAGUUUGUUGAUGAUAUCGAUGUCGCUAUGGAUUUCCAAAAACUUGGCGGCUUUGCAGUGUUUCCAAUAUGCUAUGGAAGUGAAAAUGAAGACAUACGCAUUCGCACUAGCCAGCUGUUGGCUGAAAUAUGCCAGAACAACCCGCACUGCCAGGCGCGGGUGCUCGAAUACGGCCUGCUCAACGUCCUCCUACAUUUAGCCAACAGUGAGAAAGGCUACGCACUGGCUAAAUGUAUUUCUGCUAUUUCGUGCACAGUACGUGAGUACGACCCUGGCUGCCGUGAGCUGAUCGCGCAGGGUGGGUGCGACACGCUCACUAACGCGCUGGAGCAGCCGCACGUCUCCGCCAGGACUAAGGCUGCUUUCCUCAUUCGUUAUCUGUGCCAAAACUACCCUGAUGCUAAAGAGAAAUUCAUUCAGAACAACAUUGUGAAAAUAAUAGCUGAAAAGCUCAAAUCAGGACGGGAUGCAUCCUCAGAACAAAUGCUGAGCGUCCUACAGACGUUGCUGGAAGGUCAAGAUCCGACCGUCUUACAGCAAUUCAGGGAACCGACACUGAACCUUAAGCAGAUAAUAAUAGAUCACCUCGACGUCCCAGAAUUUGUGGGUGAUGGUUUUAUAGAAGAAAAGGAGUACUGCUAUGCCGUUUUGAGAGUAUUCGACAGUUGUCCACAAGUGGAAGUUGUUAACAGUGAAGUUGAUAGAUAGAAAGGGCGCAGCGAGUAUUUUUGAGUCAUUUAUUUAUACCACAAUAUGGCAUACUCGAAAUAUCUAUACUAAAUUUUAUAGUAAGAUUUUUUAAAUGGUAUUUAGUACUAUUUUGCUAUGUCAAUGUUUAGACAAUUUCUAUUGACAUAGAAAACUAAAACAUCAAGGGUCUCACCACAUGAUUCAAAAACAUUUAUAAUAUUACAACAUACUGAUAUUAUCAAUAUAUGAAAUUAUCUUGUAUUGCACAAUGUACAACAAUAUCCAAAGUUGUUUAAUUUUAAUUUAAGGCAACAUCAGGCAGAAAACAAUGCCUAGCUGUCUCGAAAAUGCCAGUGGGAUUAGAUAAUUAAAAGGCUUAAUUACCUAAACUGACUGCUAUAUGGUGAGUUGGAGUGAGAUCGGCAAUGAAGUUUGCCAGAUACGAUCUCUUUUUUAUUUGACCUUGUUCUCCAGCUGUUAAAACUGCUUAUAUUGACUGGAAUUUAGAUAGCUACGACCACACUCCGAUGCCGAUCUUUGUCCAACUCUCCCUAACCAAUAUUUUGUAAGUCUUUUAAUAUAUCUAUUAAUUUAAAAUUAAGAAGGUUUAAUUUUUUAUAGGAUACAUUAAAAAAAGAAAAAAAAAUGGGAGGAUUAUUUAAAAGAUUUCUGCAUAAGAAAUAUAAUGGGAACGCCCUUGCAAAAAUAGUUUUGUUUUAUGCCAUGGUCUAGUGUGUGACGUCACUUGACCCGGAAGACGCGUCACGCGUCUUGCAUUUGCUCAAUACACAUAAAGUUGUGUGCAGCUGCACCAUUAAAUAAAAGUUAAAAUCCUUUUAUUUAAUAAAUGUCGUAAGUAAGAUAAGACGGAAUUGUACACAGGGAAUGUAUCAAUUCUAGUAAAAAUAUAAUUUUGUCUUUUUGUAAAACAACUUUUUGGUGAAAUUAAACAGCAUUAAAUAUAAAUAAAAGCAAACAACAUCAGCGAUCCACGACGCGAAUUCAAAACACACGUCACAAGUGAGUAACAGGCCAAAGUCGUUGCGCGCUAGGAUACGUUUUAAACUUAUUUACUAAUGUAUAGCUCGGAACUUUAUUGACGGAUCAAAAAGGUUUUUACUGGUUGAUUGAUUUGACCUGGUAGGUUUUGAUUGGUAAUUUAAAUUAAGUAUUAUCGAUGUAAUAAAACUUCUCAAUUGUAUAACAAUAAACUUAUAUCAAUAUUGAA